AUGACGAAGGAGGAGGGCAGGGUAGGUAGACGUCGCAAAUUUGUCACACCAUGGAAGAAAGCGGCUCAGGAGGUCGGCGACGGCGGUGCAGAGGAUCGUGUCGAGCGCCUCGCCGCCGCGGCUUCGUCCUCAACUGCUCUCUCUCCAAGGGUUACACUAGAUGGGUCCAAUGUUGGAGGGAAAAGAGGCAAAAAAAGGAAGUCUCCCUGCGUGGCAAUGCCAUUCUUUAGAACCCCGUUGAGCAGAAUGUUACUGUCCCCUAGCAUACGGAUAAGGUCUCCUUCUAUACAACAACGAACAUCACCUUCUGCUACAACCCAUGGAAUUUGUCAAGGUCGAGAGCAAAGAACAAUGGAUAUUGAUUUAAAUUUGGAACCGGGAGAUACAUAUGCUGCCACAGAUCCCGGAGAGGCUGGAUUUGAUCACAGUGCUGCCACAGAUGCUCAAGGCAAUGGAGAGGCUGGAUUCGAUCACAGUGCUGCCACAGAUGCUCAAGGCAAUGGAGAGGCUGGAUUUGAUCCCUUCGAUUCAAAUGCUGAUGAUGAUGUCCUAGUCACUCUAGAGGAGAUAGGUGUUGACCCUGGCCAGGAGAAUGUACAGCCUCAGUUUGAUCCUUUCUUCGAUUCUGAUGUUGAUGAUGCUAUCCUAGUUCCUCAGGAGAAUACACACAAGAAUGUCGUGCUUGAUAAUGACAAACGGAGAGCAAUCUUUGACGCCAUGCUUGUAAAGGCAAGAAAAGGAUAUUUGAAGGGCCAUGAGAGCAAGGAGGUUUCAGCUAAAUUCUCGGUGCCUAUCAGGACAGUACAGCGGAUAUGGAAAAAAGGCAAAAGCUGUUUGGAUCAAGGUAUUUCAGUUGAUGUUGCGAGUGGAAGAUCUAGGUGUGGCAGAAAGAAGAAGGUGGUGGAUGUGUCCUGUCUCGAAGAUAUUUCAAUAUUGAGCCGCACCACAAUACAGGAUGUAGCUACUCAACUUGGUGUUAGCACGAGUAAGGUCUACAGAAUGAAAAAAGAGGGUGCUAUAAAGCGUGUAUCUAGCUCAUUGGAUCCCCACUUGACAGACCAAAACAAAAUUGAUCGGCUGAAGUGGUGUAUUGAAAUGCUUGACCCAAGGAGUGUGCCUCACAAUCUUGUCUUCAAACCACUGUUUGAUUUCAUUUUCAUAGAUGAGAAGUGGUUCAACAUUACGAGGAAGACUGUGCGAUAUUACGCAGCUCCAACUGCCUCGCGUCGCAUCAGGACAAUUCAAAACAAAAACUUCAUCCCAAAAAUAAUGAUCUUAACAGCUCUCGCCAGACCAAGGUUUGACUCAAAUGGAAACUGCAUCUUUGAUGGAAAAAUUGGAUGUUUUCCUUUUGUGACAUACACAGCUGCAAAGAGGUCAAGUGUGAACCGUCCUGCAGGGACAAUCGAGAUGAAGCCCAUUGAGUCAAUCACAAAGGAGGUAAUCCGAAGCUUCAUGAUAGAAAAGGUAUUGCCAGCUGUUCGGGCUAAGUGGCCUCGUGAAGACGCUGGCAAACCUAUAUACAUCCAGCAGGAUAAUGCUCGGCCUCAUAUUGCACCGGACGACAGAAUGUUUUGUGAGGCCGCGAAGCAAGACGGCUUUAACAUCAAACUUGUUUGCCAGCCGGCAAAUUCCCCAGAUUUGAAUGUCUUGGAUCUGGGUUUCUUCAACUCCAUUCAGUCCAUCCAGUACAAAUCAGCCUCAACAACAACAGAAGAACUUGUAGCCGCCAUCGAUCGAGCAUUUGAAGAUUAUCCAGUGAGGCUAUCAAACAGGAUUUUCUUGUCUCUUCACGCAUGCAUGAGGGAAGUCAUAGAAGUACUCGGUGACAACUCCUAUGAUCUUCCACACAUAAAAAAAGGAGUGCUUGAAAGGCAAGGUCGCCUUCCUUUGCAACUAAGGUGUGAUGCUAAGUCAGUAAAUAAUGCUAACAAUUAUCUCAGGACCAUGGCAGAUACCUGAUAUGAAUUUGUUUGUUGCUGCAGCAGGGUGCGGAUAUGAAAUUGCUGCUAAGCUAAUCUGAAAUUUUUGGUGUUGCUGCUGUUGCUGUUGCUGCUGUUGUUGAUAUCUGAAAUUGUUGGUGUUACUGCUGUUGCUGAUAUCUGAAAUUGUUGGUGCUGUUGUUGAUCUGAACAGAAUGAAUUGGAGGCUUUCUUUUUUUUCUCUCUUUUUCUAGAAAGUAGCCCAUGUGUGCAGUCAUUCUGUGCAGAACAUGUCCUUUGAUUUUUGAGAAAGCAGGAGGAUAUAUGGACCUGAAUAUGUCCUUUGAUUUUUUUAUUAGUAUUUUUAUUUCACAUGAACACAUUAGCUAAGCUUAUCUAAGAUCAAUGGUGUGAACUGUCAAUGGUCCUUUGAUAUAAUUACAGACUAGCUAUCUCAAUUUACAAGAAACAGCAACUGGGAUGGCAGCAGCCACUUUACAAGCUCUGUGUCUGAAUACUCUGUUUACAGACUAGCUAUCUCAAUUUACAAGAAACAUCAGCUGGGAUGGCAGCAGCCACUUUACAAGCUUGGUGUGCAUCUCUGAAUCUGUAUCUCAAGUUCCAAUUUUUGUUUCCAAUUUCUCAUUAUAACAUCCAAAAUUCCCACGCAUAUUACAUCACUGACAGUACUAAGCACUAAUCAUCUGAUCAAAUACACAACAAUCAGUCCCUAGUGAACACGACCAGAAUUUCCCAGAAACAGAAAAAUUUCCCCUUCGAUGAACAUCAAAUAGCCAAGCAAAUGCAAUGUGCAUUCUCUAAAAAACGAACAUCAACAAUCAACAUACGGCUAACCAAAUCAGACAAUCUGCAGGCCGUUCAGUAGCUUAAUCUGCAAUCAAGUGCACAGCUAUCUUAACCGGAUGAAAUAAUCAGGUAAAUUCUGGACAUCCAGCUGAAGAAAGAAAAAAGAAAGGAGGAGACUUGUGGCAAUGGAGCUUUUCGAAGCCCGGCGAUCUCCUGCACCAACGAGACGUGCACCAGCACCGUCCUCCACGCCAUGUAUCAGCCUGCGAACCCGCCGCCGCCGCGAGCAGCGAACGAAAGAAUCAGGGAAAAGCCCUCGAGCCAAAGCCGAAUCGAGAGGAGGAGAGGGCAGCCGUACUGAGGGCGAUGAUGGAGAGGACGAAGGCGGAGGCAAGGAGCGGCCGGAGGACGGAAGACGACGGCGAUCUCCCACGCUGCCGCCGCCAGCGUGGCUCCUCCUCCGGCCAUGGUGCCGCGGUGGCGCUUCGUCGGCGGAAGGGGACUAUGCGCGUGGGAGGCGGCGCCGGACUUGAGCGCCAUGCGUGGAGGGCCUCGCCGUGGCAGGGGCAGGAGGACCGCCGGCGGAGGAGCUCCUCCUGCUUCUCCGCGCCGCCGACUGAGGGGUAAAGAUGGAAACGGUAUCGGCCGGUGUACUACGACGUCAAACAUUUUGACUCUUUUUGAAAUGAGCUA